GAGACAGCCAUGCAUAAAGAAGAAUUACAUCUGGAAUUUUCCAUGUGUAUGAUUCAGUCUCGCCAAUUAGUCGGGACUCCUCAGACAACAGUUGGGGAAGCUUCAGCAUCCAGCAUGCUCAUACAAAAGCCACCACCUGACACAGAAACCUUGAAGAGUCUAGAUACUGUGAAUGAUCCAGACACCGUGGGAGGCAUACCUGUUUUCCAAAAUGAGUCGAUCAUGGCCCAUGAAGAGCACCACGCAGCCAAAACCCUGGGGAUCGGCAAAGCCAUUGCCGUGCUGACCUCUGGUGGCGAUGCCCAAGGCAUGAAUGCUGCCGUCAGGGCCGUGGUUCGAGUUGGCAUCUUCACUGGUGCCCGUGUCUUCUUUGUCCAUGAGGGUUAUCAAGGCCUGGUCGACGGUGGAGAUCACAUCAGAGAAGCCACCUGGGAGAGUGUUUCGAUGAUGCUUCAGCUGGGAGGCACAGUGAUUGGAAGUGCCCGAUGCAAGGACUUUCGGGAGCGAGAGGGGCGACUCCAAGCUGCCCACAACCUGGUGAAGCGUGGGAUCACCCACCUGUGUGUCAUUGGGGGCGAUGGCAGCCUCACGGGGGCUGACACCUUCCGCUCUGAGUGGGGCGACUUGCUGAGUGACCUCCAGAAAGCGGGUAAGAUCACAGCUGAGGAAGCCUCAAAAUCCAGCUACCUGAACAUCGUGGGCCUGGUUGGCUCAAUCGACAAUGACUUCUGUGGCACUGAUAUGACCAUUGGCACUGACUCUGCUCUGCACCGGAUCAUAGAGAUUGUAGAUGCCAUCACCACUACGGCUCAGAGCCACCAGAGGACGUUUGUGUUAGAAGUGAUGGGCCGGCACUGUGGGUACCUGGCCCUCGUCACCUCUCUCUCCUGUGGGGCCGACUGGGUUUUUAUUCCUGAAUGUCCACCAGAUGAUGGCUGGGAGGACCAUCUUUGCCGCCGGCUCAGUGAGACAAGGACCCGUGGUUCUCGUCUCAACAUCAUCAUUGUGGCCGAGGGCGCAAUCGACAAGAAUGGGAGACCGAUCACCUCAGAAGACAUCAAGAAUUUGGUAGUGGCACGUCUGGGAUAUGACACCCGUGUCACUGUCUUAGGGCACGUGCAGCGGGGUGGGACACCAUCAGCCUUUGACCGGAUCCUGGGCAGCAGGAUGGGUGUGGAAGCAGUGAUGGCACUUCUGGAAGGGACCCCAGACACACCAGCCUGUGUGGUGAGCCUCUCUGGUAACCAGGCUGUGCGCCUGCCCCUCAUGGAGUGCGUCCAGGUGACCAAAGACGUGACUGUGGCCAUGAAUGAGAAGAAAUUUGAUGAAGCCAUGAAGCUGAGAGGCAGAAGCUUCAUGAACAACUGGGAGGUAUACAAGCUUCUGGCUCACGUCAGACCCCCAGUGUCUAAGAGUGGCUUACACACAGUGGCCGUGAUGAACGUGGGGGCACCUGCUGCUGGUAUGAAUGCUGCCGUCCGCUCCACUGUGAGGAUUGGUCUCAUCCAGGGCAACCGAGUGCUGGUUGUGCACGAUGGCUUUGAGGGGCUGGCCAAGGGUCAGAUCGAGGAAGCUGGCUGGAGCUAUGUUGGGGGCUGGACUGGCCAAGGUGGUUCUAAGCUUGGGACUAAAAGGACUCUACCCAAAAAGAGCUUCGAACAGAUCAGUGCCAACAUCACGAAGUUCAACAUUCAGGGCCUCGUCAUCAUCGGGGGCUUUGAGGCCUACACAGGGGGCCUGGAGCUGAUGGAGGGCAGGAAGCAGUUUGAUGAGCUCUGCAUCCCAUUUGUGGUCAUCCCCGCCACGGUCUCCAACAACGUGCCUGGCUCUGACUUCAGCGUGGGGGCCGACACGGCACUCAACACCAUCUGCACGACCUGUGACCGCAUCAAGCAGUCAGCAGCCGGCACCAAGCGCCGGGUGUUUAUUAUCGAAACUAUGGGCGGCUACUGCGGCUACCUGGCCACCAUGGCGGGGCUGGCGGCUGGGGCUGAUGCUGCCUACAUUUUUGAGGAGCCCUUCACCAUCCGAGACCUGCAGGCCAACGUUGAACAUCUGGUGCAAAAGAUGAAAACAACUGUGAAAAGGGGCUUGGUGUUAAGGAAUGAGAAGUGCAAUGAGAACUAUACCACUGACUUCAUUUUCAACCUGUACUCUGAGGAGGGCAAGGGCGUCUUUGACAGCAGGAAGAACGUGCUUGGCCACAUGCAGCAGGGUGGGAGCCCAACUCCAUUUGACAGGAAUUUUGCCACUAAGAUGGGCGCCAAGGCUAUGAACUGGAUGUCAGGGAAAAUCAAAGAGAGUUACCGUAAUGGGCGGAUCUUUGCCAACACCCCAGACUCGGGCUGCGUUCUAGGGAUGCGUAAGAGGGCCCUGGUCUUUCAACCAGUGACGGAGCUGAAGGACCAGACGGAUUUUGAGCACCGCAUCCCUAAGGAACAGUGGUGGCUGAAGCUGAGGCCCAUCCUCAAAAUCCUUGCCAAGUACGAGAUUGACUUGGACACCUCCGAGCACGCUCACCUGGAGCACAUCAGCCGGAAGAGGUCUGGAGACACUGCCAUCUAAGCCUCUCUGGAAUGAGGGGCAUGGAGCGUCUGGUCGUGGUCUUUUCACCCAGACAGAUCCAAGUCCGUGUACUCAAAGUGUUCUAGCUCACUUUUCACUAGGUUUCCUUUUCUUGGGUAACUGCAGCCACGGUCACCUUUGGCCAGGGGCUGGGGCAGGGGCUGCUUCUAGGGGGUUAUCAUGGUUUCUGCCCAUUUCACCUGUUGCACAGGCUGUGCUGCUCCGGUGCCACUGCUAAACCUCAGUGACUCGGAACUUUCCUAAAAAUAGGCUUUAUUUAUUCCUUUGUGACAAUAGAGCCUUGGUCCUUCUGCUGCUUUUACUACAGUGACAAACACUAACUACACUAAUAAAUGCCAACUCGUCACUG